CUACUGCCAAUGUCUAGAAGAGGUCUAGUGCAGUUUGCCUCUGCGCCUUCGUGUUUCUCGUCGGUCGCUGUUACAUUAAGGCCAUACACCGCCAGCACUAUACUGCAUGUUGCUUUCUUGCAAUCAGAGAUACAGAGACUUUUCUUCCUGUCACGACAGAGCAGUUUCCGGCUCCGUUCUGACGAUGCACUCGCUGUCGCACCUUGGAAAGAAGAUCAGGUAUAAAGAACGAUGUAAGGAAACGAAUGAGCCAAGUCGCAUAAGGCGGGAUUCACAUUGUGCGCGUAAUUUAUAAUGGGCCGUGGCCGAAAUGGGCGCGAUAUCUGAAUGGGGGGCGUAGCCGAAAUGUAGCUGAAAUGCAAUUUGAGCCAAAUUCCUAUGGGAUUGGGGGUGUUUCGGCUACGCGUGCCCGAUAUGUAGUUUGGAAAGUACAAAGUCGCCACGUCGCCGAAAUGCCGGUUCUAUGUGCCGGAAAUUGAUUUUGGGCACGUACGGCUUACCGGCCACACCAAUUUCGAGCACAAUGUGAACACCACCUAACAAAACCCGCAGCAUAGCGCAAAGGCACAGGAUUCCGCCACACUUUGGGCGGCACACCUAGAGAGCUGGGCUUGAUAUCCGCGAGCAACGGUGUGGAAUAUGUAUGCAGAGCUGUGAGGCAGCAUUCUGCAGUCACGAUUCUGGGGGGAGUAACAGUAUAGAUAAAACAAAACAGUGCCAACUAUAACACUAUACGCGCACAUUGCGCAGCAUUAGUUCUUCUUCACCCAGCAGUUCUUCACCCGCCGCACGUCCGUUUGCAUACCAGUGCCAGCAGAGUGGACCAAAGAGCAUUAUGGCUGAGAACGGAGACGUUGAGCAGCCUGCUCUAGACCUCAAGGCGGAGGCGCGCGAUGGCGAGCGGCCCACUCCCAACCACAUCAAACUUGAACGCUUCAACACGCCCACUCGGAAAGUGCUGUUGAAGUAUGAUGACAAUGGAGACGGGCGCAUCGAUGCCAGCGAGAUCCAGACCGUUGUGUCCUCGUUGGUCGCGGAGAAGUUCAAAUCCAAGGCUUUCAAGAUUGGUCUGAUCAUCCUGGGUGUCUUCACCACCCUGCUGCUGGGCGCCAUGUUCGGCCUCACCUGGGCGGUGGUGGCGGCGCUCAAGGACACGCAGGUCAGCAGCGGCGGCGUGAUGACCACCAACGACGGCGCCUCCACGCCCGUCCUGACCGCCAACCUGGAUAUGACCGUGACGCCCGACGGCAAGCUGGUCUCGCGCACCUCCAACAGCACCAUCGCCACCACGCCCGCGGUCACACGAAGCGCCAUAUCGUCCGAGGCGCCCUUUGAGCUGCUGCUGAAGCUGCGCAACCUGGUGUUCGUGAGCCCCGCCGGCGGCCUGUACUCCGUUGACGUGCUGGGCGUGGCGCGCAUCCCCAAGACCACCGGCGGCCACGUGGUCCGCUUCCAGACCGCCUCAGGCGUGCUGCUGCUGGACCGCAACAACUGGGAGCUCACGGAGGCCAGCGGCGCCAUGCUGGAUGGGCUGUUUGGCGCGGCGGCGGCAGCGGGCGGCUCGGGCCGGCGCCUGUUGGAUGACGGCGUCAAGUUCUACCUGGAGGCGGAGGGCGGCUCCGUGAUGAAGUGCCCCGACCCUGACAACUACAUUGACGAGUGCCCCACCGACGACCUGAUCUACAAGUGGGUGAGCGCCGACUACACCACUCCCCUGGAGCCCGGACAGUCGGCGUCGCCGCCGCCGCCUAGCGCCGACCAAUCGGUGGGCGGCGGCGAUUGCUCGGGAGGCGGCGUGCCCAAGGUGUCAAACUGCUACGAGGCGAUUAUUGCCUGCAGCGCGAACACGCCUGACAAGAUCAACGCGCUGCUGGACAAGCCGUUUUGCGGCAGGAAUUGCGGCAGGAACCAGGAGGAGGUGCCGUUCUCCGGGGCUUUCGGCGUCUCUGUGGACCGCACCACCAUGUGUCAGAUGAAGGCCGGAUUCGAGCCUAACAACCAGUUUUGCUGCCCCUAGGUCUGGUAGGCGAGUGCAGGGAAGCGGGGAUCUUCAGCUUGUGCUGUAGUGCAGGUUUGAUACGAAGGCACGAAUGUUUGGCGUAGGUGUUCGGCCAAGGUGUGAGCGGGAGGGAUGGGCCUAAUAACAUCCAUGUGCACCGGCUGCACCCCCUUUUUCCGUGCUUUUGUGCUUUUCACGCGUCAUCAAUUCCCUUGAAUCAUGUUAAUUCAUCCCCAGACGACGUGGACGUAACCGUCUCUGGCCCAGCUGCUUCUCCGACUCAAUCAACGGCCGUGCAUUGGCUCUUCACGCGUCAUCAUCUCGCUUGAACCAUAAUUUAUUGUGACGCGUGAAGUGACUGGCAGCUGGACACAUUACAAGUUCGAAUACAGUGUGUGUGAUACGAGCGAAGUUAUGGAUGGUGUGGAUGGAAGAGAAGUGCAUGUCCGCAGCAUGGAUGCGGAUUACAAUUGAAGGGACAGCCCGACAAGCGGGGGCACGCCGUACCCACGCCGCGAAGGGCCAUCUGCGACCCAGAGAAACAACACCCGCCCCCUGGUUGGGAUGCAGCAUGAGGAUGGGAUUAAUCUUUUGUGCGUUGUUAAGAUCCGGUUGCAGGACGCUCGACUAUGAUUUGAGUUAUGAUUGCGGGCUUACAGAGGGGACCAACUGCCCAGGGUUGCUGCAAACCCUCCCGCUGGCAAAGUGGGUUAUGCUUGUUAUGCUAUGCUUAGUACGCAGGAAUGCGUGACGGAUUAUGCUUGGGCGCAGAUGAGGUAGAGUGUGCAUCUUCUUAAUCUUUGACGCCACUACGGCAGUACGGCACUGGCCACCCCAAGAGAAAAGAGGGUGUGUGUGUUUGGGCACUCCGCACAUGGUGGUGCGGCCCUCGGGUCGACUGUGGCCGAUUGCAUGUGCCAUGUGCAGUCGCCACGGCCCCUGAUUUAGCUGUAUUGAGAUGUGUGAUCAGCGGCGAAUAAAGUAUGUUUGCGCAACCGCGGCUUUCGCUCCUUGGCUCAGGCUUGGCUUGAGGAAAUGAGAUGAGUGCAGUCGUGUAAAGGCGGCGCUAUCAUGGCCACAGCAGUGCCCAGCAGCACUUGUGCGGGCAAGGGCAAGGAGGCGUGGGGGGGUUGCAAGGAUUGGUAGAGAGAAGUGUAGCGGGGGGGGGACUAGCUAGGGCCUAGGGGAGGCAGGCCGAGGCACGGGGCGGCACGGAUGGAGAGCCCGCUACCUGAGUGACUGAUUUCCUGCA